AUGACUUCAAUGCCACUCAUUUUCUUGUCCAUUUUCCUUCAUCUUGGCAUUCUGAUCCAUAGUUCACCAUUGGCACCUGCAUUAUAUGUGCUUGGAGAUUCCUUGUUUGACAGUGGCAAUAACAAUAUUUUGCCCACCUUGGCUAAGGCAGAUUAUCUUCCUUAUGGUGUGCACUUUGUCAAAGGUGCUACAGGAAGAUUCACCAAUGGCAGAACUGUUGCAGAUUUUAUAGCUGAAUUUAUUGGGCUUCCAUAUUCUCCACCAUACAUGAGUAUAUGGAGAUCAACACAAGUUACAGGUUUCAACUACGCGUCGGGGUCUUGUGGCAUUCUUCCUGAAACUGGAGACCGAUUUGGAAAAUGCUUGAAUUUACAAGAGCAGAUAGAUUUGUUUCAGAGGACAGUUCUGUCAGAUUUGCCAAAGCAUCUCGAAAGCUCAUAUGAUCUUUCAGAGUACUUGUCAAAGUCUAUAUUUAUAUUAUCUAUAGGCAGUAAUGACUACAUCAAUAACUACCUUCAACCCAAUCUGUACAAUACAAGCAAACAUUACCCUCCACAACCAUUUGCUCAACUCCUUGUGGAUGCGCUCAGCCAGGCUUUUGAGAGGUUAUAUAGUUUAGGAGCCAGGAAGAUAGUAAUGUUUGAAAUCGGCCCCAUUGGAUGCAUACCAUCAAUUACAAGGAAAGUACGUAAUAAGCACAAUGGACAGUGCGUGGAAGAAAUAAAUCAGAUUGUCUCACUUUUUAAUCAGGGACUUCCAGCAUUGCUAAAAAAUUUGACAUCCACACUUCAAGGCUCAACCUUUGUUCUUGGCCAAGCUAAUUUUCUUGGCUAUGAUGCAAUAAAACAUCCAUCCAAUUAUGGCUUGAUAGACUCAGAAACCCCAUGUUGCACUACCUGGGAAAAUGGGACUUCAGGGUGCAUUCCACUAUUGCCUCCAUGCCCUCAUGCAUAUCAACACUUCUUUUGGGAUGCCUUUCAUCUUACUGAAACUGUUUAUUCUGUCGUAGCAACCCGAUGCUUCAAUGAUGCUUCAUUUUGCUCUCCCUUCAACAUUAAACAACUCAUACAAUUGUAA